CCGAAGUCGUACUAUUAAAGCUGCGACCUGGCUGGAUGCAGGGAUUUUCUGUCUGAAUUCUAUGGAAGCAGGUAGAUGAUCAUGUGAACGAUUCAGGAUGAGUAAUCAUGGAUGUAGUAUGGGAUACUAAGUAAAAACAGCGGUGCCUCCGUUUAAUUUAUGUUAUAUUUCAAGGCUACUGCCCGCGCGACUUGUUUAGUCUUUCUGGCGACUGAAACUUGGCUCCAGUCUCAGCUACAGUGGUGAGGAUUUGAAGCUAGCUGUCAGGUAGUAGCCCACUAGCAAGCCACAUCAGCACCGUUGCUAUUGGUCAAUCACGUUAGCAUCAGUAGAUUUCAUUAUGGCAGACAGUAUCAUGAGCAAGGCUGCAACCAUGGAGAUCCCCAUUAACAGCAAUGGAGACACAGGCACUCUCCCAGAGGAUGACAGUCUGGAGCAGGAUCUGCAGCAGGUGAUGGUGUCUGGACCCAACCUGAAUGAAACCAGUAUUGUCUCUGGAGGUUAUGGAGGACCUGCAGGGGGCAUCAUCCCAACCAGCAGUAUCAAAGGACCCGCAGUUUACUUCAACCCUGAGUAUCUGGACAGAAGACAAGCCCCUGCACCAGGACCAGACAUUCGCAUGAAAUCCAGGGGUGUUAACUUGCCUAAAAGUCAAUCUGCAGCAAGUCGACUUGCCCACCACACAGAGCAGCAUCCAGGGUCGUCGAAUCAUAACACAAAUUCAACUGAAGAAGUUUCUCGUGGUGUAGCAGUGGAGAAACUGGACAGUGUGAAGAAAUGGGGCAUAAACACGUACAAGUGUACAAAGCAGAUGUUCUCAGAAAAGUUUGGCCGAGGCUCACGGACAGUAGACCUGGAACUUGAGGCUCAGAUUGACGUGUUAAGAGACACGAAGAGCAAGUAUGAAAACAUCCUAAGGCUGGCCACCGCUCUCACCGAUCACUUUCAAAGAAUUGUGCAGACGCAGCAGGCUCUAGGAGAUGCCUUCACUGACCUCAGCCAGAAGUCCCCAGAGUUGCAGGAUGAGUUUGGGUAUAAUGCAGAAACACAAAAGCUGUUGUGUAAGAAUGGCGAGGCUCUGCUUGGUGCCAUCAACUUCUUCGUAUCCAGUGUCAACACACUGGUCAACAAAACAAUGGAAGAUACUUUGAUGACGAUUAAGCAAUACGAAAAUGCAAGACUUGAGUUUGAUGCCUAUCGCUCUGAUCUGGAGGAACUGAGUUUGGGACCAAGGGAUGCAGCUGGCGUGGUUCGCAUUGAGAUGGCUCAGCAUGAGUACCAGAUCCACAGAGACAAAUAUGAAAGGCUGCGUAGUGAUGUCACCAUCAAGCUUAAAUUCCUGGAAGAAAACAAGGUGAAGGUGAUGCACAAGCAGCUGCUUCUCUUCCAUAAUGCCAUCUCCGCUUAUUUUGCUGGCAACCAGCAGCAGUUAGAACAAACUCUUAUACAGUUCAAUGUAAAGUUAAAGCCCCCAGGAUCAGAUAAGCCAUCAUGGCUGGAGGAGCAGUAAUAUGCAUCCAGGGUUCAGCAUUUUGACAUGUACAGUUUCAUGCUGGCAUUGUGGUUAGAUGGCGAAUUUAAAUGGAUAAAGGAGUAUAUUGUAGAAUAAGUAGCAGCCAGAUAUAGCUCUUUUGUAAUGUUUUUCAGUAUGAUUUAUUACAUAGAUGGACAACUUUUUAAGUUGUUCUUAUGUUGUUUUAUGUUAAAUCACAAAAUUACCCCAUGUUAUUUUCUUACUCUUUAGUUAGCACAAUCAUUUCCAUCUCUUAUAUAUGUACAGGAUAGUCAACUAUUGUCGAGAUUCUCCUUUGCAGUUUGCACAUGCAUUAUUUUGAUGUAUUUGUAUUGUUGUGUAAGGUUCCCUUUUAAUAUUUCAGUGUACAUCAAAUAGGAGGAAUUCUUAAAAAAAAAUAGCAAGUCACAAUGUUCAGAAAUUAUAUUUAUUUUCCUUAUGCACAUGUGAUCAUGAGAUCAAUUUUAACACUUUUGAGUCAAACACAUCAGAAUAUAGAUUCAUUUUUAAAAUUGCCCCACUAUGUUUCUACUGUCACUGUUAAAAUCCCUGCCUGAAUGGUCAGUUUACAGUUUCUGUAGAAGGGGAAUAUAUAUACAGUAAAUAUAUAUAUAUAUAUAUAUAUAUUUAGCAAACAUGAUUUUUCUCUAACCUAAUAUACAGUCAUAAUUAUUUUACACCUAAAUUUUGGAUACAGUGUUAGAUCAAGUCCAGCACCAUUGCAACUAUCUGUCUUUUUUACUCUGGAGUUUACACAUGGAAACAAGCCUGAACAAACAUGACAUUUGUGUUUAACAGCAAAUCCCCAUCAAUUCCUAAUCUAAUCAGAUCUCAACAAUCAUAAAGAAAUCCGUAUCAAAACAUGGCACGCAGCCAGUGUUGCAGUGACUGUAGGAGCUGGCAUUGUGCAACUGCAAAACUUCCUUUUGAAAUACUGAAUGGGAAUAGUGGAUCAAGGUGCACUUUAGGUUACAGUACAAGUGUCAGCGUCAUCAAAAACAGAAUGUAUGAGCUCAUUUGUUAUAGUUUGCGUUAUUUAUUUACCUGUUUGUAACAUAAUUUGUAUGUUACUUAGAUUGUUUUAGUCAGCUGAUUGUCUUUAUCUUCUGCAAAUCCAAUAAAGUCUGCUGGAUGUUUUGUUUCACUUAGAUGUGCUUUCGACACAGGGGCUGUCAGUUUCGUAUGGUUACAGUUCACAGUAUGUAUGUAAAGAAAACUCACAAUAUUCAGUAUGUAAUUUUAAUUAUGUACAUGAUAAAAUAUAUCUGCAACAUG